AGCACUAUUUAUUUUCAAAUAGAGUAUAUUUAAAGUUAAAAAAUGUCCAUAUCCAGAUUUUGGCCAUUAGAAAGAUUCUCGAGGUGUAUUUCUAUGUCAAGCACAGGCCAAAGCUCUCUGAGUCAUCGAAAUCCUGCAAACUGGAAGGAGAUUUCAAAGGACAAUAGCUCUGACCUUCAGAUUUCCUAUACAGAUUCCAACCACCUUAUCAUUUCCUACAUGUCCAAAGGACAAAACCAAAUUCUCGAGAACUUUUCAUUGUUUGAAUCCAAAAAGUGGCUGAGAGCAGCAGUGAAAGGAGACAGUGUUCUUUUUAUGUACAAACACAACGACUCGACUCGAAGAUUCCGUAUCAAAUUUUCCACCACGUCAUCGCAGUCCUCCACUGAUUCGUGCCAUGACUUUGUGUCUAAGAUGUCCUUACACUUUGAUGUAAGAGAGAUUCCUGUAACGGAGGGAGAAUCACAAAUACCUAUGGAAGAUUCUCAAAUGUUGACGUCAUCGCAGCAAAGCGGUACAUCAGAUGACGUCACGGGAGCCGUAAUGACCUUAACAGAAGUGGCAGGAAAGUCCACUAGAAGUUGCAGUAAUGACUUCCCAAAGGCAUACGAAAGUUCUAACAUCCCAACAUCUCGCCUUGGUUUAUUCAUGCGCUUAUGCCUGACGGAUUCGAAUUUCCCUGCAUUUGUUGAGGAAGUUGAGAAGGAACUGUUGGACCUUACAUCAAAAAAGGCGUAGGUCUUCCACGUGAUUUCUGCUGGUAGAUUUCAGGUUUGGCGGCGUUGUUGAUCAACCAAUCAAGCAUCUCCAAGGACAAUAGCCUUUGUUUUCUACCAUCCUACYAACUUGUACGCUUAGCCACAAGAACAAGCCACCAGGACCACCCUAAGAAAUUUCAUAACUUCACUCCCAGUUUCCUUGUAGAUAUUUCUCAAAAUAUAUGCGUAAUUUGCCGGUCAAUGUCACACAUUCUUUUAUUUUUCACAUCUUUUUCAAAUCUUCCUUGACAU